AUGGUUGAGAUCAAGAGGAAUUCCCGACUCUUACCAAACAGCACAGUAUUUGCCACCAUCACUAAAAAUGCUUACAAUGAAAUGGGCUCCUGUAAAGGGACUAUGGAUAUCCUUUUCCUCAGACAGGGGAACCCCCUUAACUACAUCUGCAACAAGACAUACAAGCUAAUGGCCAUCAUUGGAGGACUCACCUCUCAUAACUCCAAGCAAAUGCCCCACAUCUUAAAUAUCUACAAGAUACCACAGAACCUGCCACAAUCCACGUGUGUUGAGAGUUGCCGUCCUGGACACAGUAGGAUUUUGCGUCAGGGGAAACAGAUUUGUUGCCACGAUUGUUCUCAGUGCUCUGAAGGAACAGUUUCAAAACUGAUGGAUGCGGACCAUUGCAACAAGUGCCCAGAGGACCAGCAUCCAAACAAAAACCAUAACCACUGCAUUCCUAAGCAUAUUGUCUAUUUAGCUUAUAGAGAAUCCUUGGGAAUAAUUCUAGCUUCAUUUGCUCUGUUCCUUUCUCUGAUAACACUAGUGGUAAUGUGGAUCUUCAUUCAACAUCAGGAGACUCCCAUCGUCAAGGCCAACAACUGGAACAUCACCUGCACCCUCCUCAUUUCCCUAUUGCUUUGCUUUCUCUGCUCCUUCCUAUUCAUUGGAAAGCCUGGGAAGGUGACAUGCCUUCUCCGUCAAACAGUGUUUGGGGUUGUCUUCUCCCUAGCUGUUUCUUGCGUGUUGGCAAAAACCAUCACUGUGGUUCUGGCCUUCAUGGCCACCAAGCCAGGAAACAGGAUGAGGAAAUGGGUGGGGAAGAGGCUGGCAGGGUCAGUCAUCAUCCUUUGCACUCUUAUUCAAACUGGCAUCUGUGCACUGUGGUUGGCAACCUCUCCUCCCUUCCCAGAGUUUGACAUGCAUUCACAGACUACCCAAAUCAUUGUGCAGUGCAAUGAAGGAUCAGCCCCCAUGUUUUAUACUGUCUUGGGCUAUAUGGGGCUUCUGGCCAUCAUCAGCUUCACUGUGGCUUUCUUGGCCCGGAAGCUGCCUGAUACUUUCAAUGAAGCCAAGCUCAUCACCUUCAGCAUGUUAGUGUUCUGCAGUGUUUGGGUGUCCUUUGCCCCCACCUACUUGAGCACCAAAGGAAAAUACAUGGUGGCUGUGGAGAUCUUCUCCAUUUUAGCCUCUAGUGUGGGUUUGCUGGGCUGCAUCUUCUUCCCCAAAUUGUACAUUAUUGUUCUGAGGCCUGAACUGAACAGUAGAGACCAGCUUGUAAGGAAGAAGAAUCACAUCUGA